AUGGCGGGUAACUCCAUAUGGGGUCAUUCGUUAUUCUUUAAUUUUUAUUUUUUUUAUUUUUUUGUUCCUUUCGUUUCCUUCGCUCGUUUCUUUUUUUCGUUUUCCUCUUUCGUUUCCCUCUCUCGUUUCCUUCCUUCCUUCGUUUCUUUCUUUCCUUUCCUUCCUUCCUUCGUUUCUUUCUUUCCUUUCCUUCCUUCCUUCGUUUCUUUCUUUCCUUUCCUUCCUUCGUUUCUUUCUUUCCUUUCCUUCUUUCCUUCGGUUUCUUUCUUUCCUUUCCUUCUUUCCUUCGUUUCUUUCUUUCCUUUCCUUUCCUUCCUUCCUUCGUUUCUUUCUUUCGUUUCAUUCCUUCCUUCGUUUCUUUCUCUCGUUUCCUUCCUUCCUUCGUUUCUUUCUCCGUUUCCUUCCUUCCUUCGUUUCUUUCUUUCGUUUCCUUCCUUCCUUCGUUUCUUUCUUUCGUUUCCUUCCUUCCUUUCUUUCUUUCUAUUUCCUUCCUUAAAUUUUUCUUUCGUUUCCUUUUCCUUCCUUUUCUUUCUUUUCGUUUCUUUCUUUCCUUCGUUUUUUCUUUUUUCCUUCCUUCCUUCAAAAAAUUUCUUUCUUUCGUUUUCUUCCUUCUUUUUCUUUUUUUUUUUCCUUCCUUUUUCUUUAUUUUCGUUUUUUUUUUCCUUCGUUUCUUUCUUUUCCUUCCUUCCUUCGUUUCUUUCUUUCCUUUUCUUUUUUUCUUUCUUUCCUUCUUUUCAUUUUCUUUCAUUUCCUUCCUUCUUUCGUUUUCUUCUUUCUUUCCUUCCUUCCUUCUUUUCUUUCUUUCUUUCUUUCUUUCUUUCUUUCUUUUCUUUUUUUCUUUCUUUCUUUCCUUUUUUCUUUCUUUCUUCCUUCUUUUUUUUCUUUUUUUUUCUUUCUUUCUUUCUUUUUCUUUUUUUCUUUCCUUCCUUCUUUUUCUUUCUUUUUUCAUUUUUUUUUUCCUUUUUUCUUUCUUUCUUUCUUUCUUUUCCUUCAUUUCUUUUUUCUUUCUUUCUUUCUUUUUUUCUUUCAUUUUCUUUUUUUCCUUCUUUCUUUUCUUUCUUUCUUUCUUUUCUUCCUUCCUUCCUUUCUUUCUUUCUUUCUUUUUUCUUUCCUUCCUUUUCUUUCUUUCUUUUCUUUCUUUCCUUCUUUCUUUCCUUCCUUUCUUUCUUUCUUUUUUCUUUUCUUUCUUUCUUUUCUUUCCUUCUUUCUUUCGUUUCUUUCUUUUUUCCUUUCCUUCUUUCUUUCGUUUUUUCUUUUUUUUCCUUCUUUCUUUUUCUUUCUUUCCUUCCUUCUUUCCUUCUUUCGUUUCUUUUCUUUUUUCUUUUUUCUUUCCUUUUUCUUUUUUUUUUUUUCCUUUUUUUUUUCUUCGUUUCUUUCUUUCUUCCUUUUUUUCCUUUUUUUUUUUUUUUCUUUCCUUCGUUUUUUCUUUCAUUUUUUUUUUUUUUUUUUUCCUUCCUUCGUUUCUUUCUUUCCUUCCUUCCUUCGUUUCUUUCUUUCCUUCCUUCCUUCGUUUUCUUUCUUUUUCCUUCUUUUUCCUUCGUUCUUGGUUUCCUUCCUUCCUUCGUUUCUUUCUUUUUCUUUCCUUCCUUCGUUUCCUUCUUUUUUUCUUUUUCCUUCCUUCCUUUUCUUUCUUUUUCGUUUCCUUCCUUCGUUUCUUUCUUUCGUUUCCUUCCUUCGUUUCUUUCUUUCGUUUCCUUCCUUCGUUUCUUUCUUUCGUUUCCUUCCUUCGUUUCUUUCGUUUCCUUCCUUCGUUUCUUUCGUUUCCUUCCUUCGUUUCUUUCCUUUCUUCCUUCGUUUCUUUCCUUCCUUCCUUCCUUCGUUUCUUUCCUUCCUUCCUUCCUUCGUUUCUUUCUUUCCUUCCUUCCUUCCUUCCUUCGUUUCUUUCUUUCUUUCCUUCCUUCCUUCCUUCGUUUCCCUCUUUCUUUUUCUCACGCUCUGUCCGUCUGUCUUUCUUUCUCGUUGUCUCUCCGCCCUCUCUUUCUUUCUCGUUGUCUCUCCGCCCUCUCUUUCUUUCUCGUUGUCUCUCCGCCCUCUCUUUCUUUUUCUCGUUGUCUCUCCGCCCUCUCUUUCUUUCUCGUUGUCUCCGCCCUCUCUUUCUUUCUCGUUGUCUCUCCGCCCCCUCUUUCUUUCUCGUUGUCUCUCUCCGCCCUCUCUUUCUUUCUCGUUGUCUCUCCGCCCUCUCUUUCUUUCUCGUUGUCUCUCCGCCCUCUCUUUCUUUCUCGUUGUCUCUCCGCCCUCUCUUUCUUUCUCGUUGUCUCUCCGCCCUCUCUUUCUUUCUCGUUGUCUCUCCGCCCCUUUUUUCUUUCUCGUUGUCUCUCCGCCCUCUUUUCUUUUCUCGUUGUCUCUCCGCCCUCUCUUUCUUUCUCGUUGUCUCUCCGCCCUCUCUUUCUUUCUCGUUGUCUCUCCGCCCUCUCUUUCUUUCUCGUUGUCUCUCCGCCCUCUCUUUCUUUCUCGUUGUCUCUCCGCCCUCUCUUUCUUCCAUAA